AUUGUCAAAAGAUGCUCCUCGUCGGCGUGGCCCCUGUCACGAAAUCCGGCUAUUGAAAUAGUCGAUGUUCCACGUGAUCCGUUUCCGGGUAUGACCGGAAGUUCUUAGCCGAAAUUUGCUCGAUGAGGGCGGCGCACGUGUUGUUCGUGCUCGUGUGCCGCUGUUGCGUCGCCGGCGGGGUUUCGUGGCGGCCGACAGCGGCGGCGGCCGACGUCAUCAACGAGCCGCCGACGGCGUCGUUCGCGUCAGACCCGGAGGAAAACGGCGGCUGCUUGCGGCAACUGCCUGCAACUCGACCCUGCGACUUCGACACCAACUGCUUGCCUUACAAAGUGUUGGCACGUUUUUCUGAAUACGAAGUCCGCAGAUAUGCGCAGAGCUCAUGGCUGUCCACGGUCUUGGUAACGCCGAACCGCGUUUUAGCUGCUUUGCAGGGUCACCAUCGCCUUGUUGGAUUUAUUUCCAGGAUUCGAAGCAGCACGAAUAACUCGUUAGCUGGAGCCACAGUCAGGAUGGGGAAGCCAAUCGUGCUGCAAAUGAAACACGCGCGACAUCCAGGAGUUAUCCGUGAACUUGAGGACUACACAGUUUCUUCGCCGCUCGUAGGUGACGUUCGUGAACUCGACGCAGACACUCGUCAAGCUGCAGCCGAGCAGCAGAUCCUUGUGGACUCAGUGCAGGAGCACGUUGUGUACGCAAGAACAUGGAGAUGCUUUCCUUGGGACCUGACUGACUCAUUUUUGCGCUCUGCAGCAGCAAAUUUGACCCUGGCCAUGCGUCAGCAUGGGCACACUUUUUUCGACAGAUACGUCUUUCUGGCCUCUUACGAUUCGGGUUCAACGGAAUUGCUGGCAUCCUCGGCAACAGUUUACGAGCUCUGGUUUUAUGGGGCCCAAUACAGUGCGACGGGUGUCUUGCGGAACAGCGGAAGUGCACCGGAAACGGCUCAAGUUCUCACCAACAGUCCUGCCACAACUUCGACGCGACGGAAAUUAUGUAGAGGAAUGGAGUGCCCUACCUUCGACGUGUUGUCAGUGUACACUCACGGAAUUCAGAAGCGACGCUAUCGGGACUCAGUGUUCGCAACUGCUUCGCCACCCGAUUGCGCAUUCACAGCACUCUCUGUGUGGAAAGGGCUCAUGCCACUUCAAUUGUACCGUCAUGGAAUAAAUUCGCAAUUGGAAGUGAUUGAGCCGACGCGUCCGGUCGGACUGGUGCAAGUACACGAAAGUACUGGUGAUGCAAAAUGUGGAGACAACGUCACAGUCGCUAUGUAUUUGCCUUCAAGACUCCACGCUUCUCCUCCUCAACGAGGCUCUUCCGCUCCAGCGGUGAGAGUGACCCGUGUGCAAGACCUGGUCGUGUUCGCGUGGCCCGUCGGUGGGUAUUUACUGGAUCCCAGUCGGGUUCGGGCCGAGUUGCGAUCAUUCAAGCAUCACCUCCGAGCUGCAGGACUGUGUUUCAACGAGAGUAGCUACUACGUGGCUUUCUACGAUUUCCUGGUUCGAUUCCAUGGCCGCCAAAAUGAACUCUGGCUCUCGGCUACAACAUGCGUUGAGUCCGUCAUGGCCGAGGAAGGACACGCGUCAUUGGAGCUUCCAGUUCCGGCUUCCGAUCAGCGGAGCAGCAACAAUAAUGGCGACGACGAUUAUUACGGGCUCAACGUGGCAGCUUUUUACCCGGACGACGAUGAAGUCCCAGGCAACCCGACCCCGUGACGAUUUAUUUUCCGGUCUGAUCCUCUUCCGUCAGAGUCAUGAGAGCCGCUUGCGGUUCCCGCUGACUUAGCGAAAAUAAACAUGUGGAGAAAUUUUAUCAAGAA